GUGAAACUGGUUGUGUUUGAUAAGACAGGAACACUGACAGUUGGAAAGCCCACUGUUGUAAGUGCCGUGAUAUUCUCCAACAUCUCUAUGCAGGACUUCUGUGAUGUAACUAUCUCUGCUGAGGCAAAUAGUGAGCAUCCUAUUGCAAAAGCUGUUGUGGACCAUGCCAAAAAGUUACGCCAGAAGCACAGUGCAGAAAAUGAACAUCACCCUGAGAUAGAGGACUUUGAGGUGCACACUGGAGCUGGUGUGAGCGGGAAAGUUGGAGAACAAAGAAUUCUUGUGGGAAACAGGAGGCUUAUGCAUGCUUUCAACGUCCCAGUUAGCAAUGAAGUUGAGAACUACAUUUCAGAGCAUGAACAGCUUGCUCGUACUUGUGUCUUAGUUGCCGUGGAUGGUAAAAUUGCUGGGGCUUUUGCUGUGACUGAUCCUGUAAAGCCAGACGCUGCACGUGUUGUUUCUUUUCUCAAAUCAAUGGACAUCACAAGUGUCAUGGUGACUGGUGAUAACUGGGCGACAGCAAGAGCAAUAGCAAGUGAAGUGGGAAUUCAGAUGGUGUUUGCUGAAACAGAUCCACUGGGAAAAGCUGAUAAGAUUAAAGAAUUGCAGUUGAAAGGCACACCUGUUGCAAUGGUAGGAGACGGGAUAAACGAUUCCCCAGCACUUGUUGCAGCUGAUGUUGGGAUGGCAAUUGGUGCAGGCACUGAUGUAGCUAUAGAAGCCGCUGAUGUUGUUCUCAUCAAGAGCAAUCUUGAAGACGUCGUCACAGCGUUAGAUCUCUCUAGAAAGACAAUGUCACGUAUCCGACUCAAUUAUGUUUGGGCACUCGGGUACAAUGUGCUUGGCAUGCCAGUUGCUGCUGGUGUCUUGUUCCCCUUCACUGGAAUCCGUUUGCCCCCAUGGCUUGCUGGUGCGUGCAUGGCGGCUUCUUCUAUUAGCGUGGUUUGUUCAUCGCUACUGCUGCAGUCUUAUAAGAAACCUCUGCAUUCUCGAGUCAAUUAAUCAUAGUUUUCUUAAGUUCUUGAAAUAAUCACCAUUAGUGUUAGUUUCUAGCUUAAGCAUUGCUUUCAAUUUGACCAAAAUGAAGGUCAAAGAGGGGCAUAAAUAGAAAAUGAUUGUUGUAUUUUAGUCUUUCUCAAUAUGAUACAUCUUAUUAGCUACUUUAUCUCA